GUCUAAACGUGCUGUAUUCCAACUUCAUUUGGUUCUUUGCAGCAUAGCUAUUCAUAUCCACUGUAGAUACUAAUAUAUAUACAAAACUAUCAUUAUUAUGGAGGGGCUCACCGAUAACCUGAUCAAGUACAAGGACUAUGUUUUUGCGAAGGAUUUGUUCAUCGCUGAGUACAUUGACUCCCUGCAGACCUUUGAGAUCCGGGACAGUGACAUCUUUCUGGUCACUUACCCUAAGUCAGGAACGAUCUGGGCACAGCAGAUCAUCACCUCUAUCUGUGAGUCAGAGAUGGGUGAUGUCUAUCCCAACAACUUAGAGAUGAUGCCAUGGCUGGAGUAUAUGGAAAAACGCCCUGACUAUUCCUUACGCCCCAACCCGCGGCUAUUCACCUCCCACCUCACCCCCGUACUCAUGCCCCCAGGCCUGAGGAACAAGAAGGCAAAGGGCUGUAAAUGUCUCUCUUGUUCUCAGAUGAUCUAUGUGAUGCGGAACCCAAAGGACAACGUGAUUUCCUACUAUCACUGGUGUAUUAACUGGGCCUUGUUUGAGACCCCAAAGAGCUUCGAGGACUUUCUGGACCAGUGGUUAGCAGGGAAUGUUUGUGCUUCGUCCUGGUUUGACCACAUCAGAGAGUGGCACAGUAAGAGAGACCAGUACAACAUCCUGUUUCUGACCUAUGAGGACAUGAUCAUGGAUCUGAAGACAGCCGUGCUGAAGAUCUGCCGCUUCCUUGAGCGGGACCUGACUGAAGCAGACAUCAACAAGAUAGUGGAAAAAGCCACGUUCAAAAACAUGAAACACGACCGCAAGGCCAACUACGAGUUCAUACCAGAGGACAUUCUCAAAAAGGGGCAGUUCCUACGCAAAGGUAAAAUCGGGGAGUGGAAGAACAUGUUCACGGUGGCCCAGAGUGAGAGGUUUGACCAGGUCUAUGAGGAGCGGAUGAAGGACGUGACUCUGAAGUUCAUCUGGGACAUGGAUCAACAAUCAGAGUGAUGGAAAGGUGGAGCCUGCAGCUCUGCCGCCACAAACUACCCAGUGGACACUAAGCCAUGAACAUUCAUGUCAAUUAUCUGUUGAAUGUACCAAAACUUGAUAUCCAUUACAGACAAAGGUCUCUUCUUCUUCGAUGAGGGUUAACUGCGGUUGGCAUCCAAUUUGUUGCAUUACUGCCACCUACUAGAUUGGAGUAUAGCGCCCUAAUCGUUUUCUUGAAAAAUAAAAUUCAAAAUAAUUACUAAUAAUUAACCCCA